UGUGAGGUAGCAUUCCAUUCAUGGCGUCCAGCUCGAGCGCGUUGAGGAUGCCGGCACUGUGCGCCGUGCUCAUCCUGCUGCUGCUGACCGCCGUCUCGCGCUGCGAGGCCAACCUCCUGCAGGUGACGGUGGGAGGGCGGAGAAUGCUGGCCGGUGGGAGCAAUGCGGCCGCCGUCUUCUCGCGGCCGGCGGAGACGACUGCCGCAAGUACCAUGCGGUGGGCAGCAGCAGGGAGGGCGACUGCGGCGAUGCCGUACUCUGAGUCGAAGAGGUCCAGCCCCGGCGGCCCGGACCCUCAGCACCACUAACGAAGUAUUCUCGCCCCCGACGUACGUGCAACCUAUCCUGAAGUAGCUUAUACUGAUUAAGAUUAAGAGGACGGACGUACGUACGGAGUACUUGGUAAGCUGGAAUAGUGAAGUCCCUCGACUUCUAAAGAGUAGUAUAUAGUAUACUACUUAC